AUGCCUGACCACCGCGAACGUAGUGAUGCAUUGCUAUACGCACGAAACGUACAGUUUCUAAUGGCCAGGCACUUAGGGUUGCCUGCUACGGAGUAUUCCGUUGAAGAUGCCAGAUACCUGACGAGCACUUAUUCGACGAAGAGGUCUGAUUUCUGGGAUCUAGUCACGAAAUUAGAAAUACCGGUGCAUCAGUCUGCCAACAUGUCUGAAUUCCAAGACUCAUGGGAGACUCUUCGUACCUCUUCCUGGUCGCGCUGCAACUACACUGUUAAUUUCGACGACUUUGCGAGGUUUCUUAACCACGCACCUGACGAUGAUGUUCAUCGACUUUUCAACAUGUUCGAUUGGCAUUGUUCUGGACAGAUUGAUUUGCGUGAAUUUCUUAUCAUGCUGUAUUCGAAUAGACUGACGUUGGAAUACUUCAUUGCGUGCUGCAAGAUGUUUACCGAAAACGGCAAACCGCUUCAGGAGUCAGAUUUUGUAAAGAUUGUCCGGUUGCCUUACCAGUUUUCCGUCGGCAAAUGUAAGCGGAUAUACUCAUUUGGUCUAUCCAAAUCCGUGAGCCAUUCGAACAACAGCAGUGGUAACUACGAAAAGCAGAUCCUACGUAGCAGUCUUGCAAAACUAAAAAUGAUUCGCGACUCGCCUGCUGCAGUCAUCAGUAGAUUUCGCAACGGCCUGAUCGAGGAACUGAUUGUUGACACCGCAACCGACACGAAGCUGUUAAAAGAACUAUUUCGAAUUAACAUCAAAAGAGGAGCACGCCAAGAAGACAUCAUCCUCCCUAGAAUUUUCGUGACGGCGCUGAAAUUCCUCUCUAACUGUUUGAACUGGGGCGGCAGCAUGAACUGA